AUGGAUCUUAAUAAGGAUCAGGAUCAGUCAUCUCUAUUGCCUGACAGGCCGAUAUCUUGGGCGGAAUUAAACCGCCAAGUCACUAAAAUGAACAUGGAGCUAAAAAUCAAAUGCGAACAAGCGUCGAAGUUAGCUCUUAGAUGCGCAAAGGAACAGCUGGAGCUUCUGAAGCUCUACAGCCCGAAAUUGUUACAGGUAAUAGAAGAGCUGAAGGACAUUUCUGCAUCCAUGGAUUCCAGCGAUCGUCCGAAUGACAUUAAUGAUAUCGAAUUGCGCGAUAAUCAAGUAGAACCCCAAUUAAUCAAACCCCAAGUAGAACAACAAUUAAUCAUCAAAAUGACAUUGAAAUGA